GGCUGGGGGAGGAAGUGGGAGAGUCUGAACGUUCCAUCGCAGCGCGGGAGCGGCGGGCGGCGGCGGGGCCGGAGCGCGAUUGCAUUGACGCCAGAGGAGACCUGGCCAUGGCUACCUCAGCCAACCUCAACGGCGAGCUCCCGAGUGCUGAACUCUGGCAGUCGCAUGACAAGAUGGUCCUGGAACCGCUCGAUACCAACGACCCCGAGGUGUUCAACAUCAUCAAGAAGGAGAAGCAGCGGCAGAGGCUGGGCUUAGAGCUGAUCGCGUCCGAGAACUUUGCCAGCCGGGCCGUGCUGGAGGCCCUGGGCUCCUGCCUGAACAACAAGUACUCGGAGGGGUACCCAGGGCAGAGGUACUACGGCGGCACGGAGUGUGUGGACGAGCUGGAGAGGCUGUGUCAGAAGCGGGCACUGGAGGCUUACAACCUGGACCCCCAGAAGUGGGGCGUCAAUGUCCAGCCCUACUCAGGGUCCCCGGCUAACUUUGCAGUAUACACGGCGCUGGUGGAGCCCCACGGCAGGAUCAUGGGCCUGGACCUGCCUGACGGGGGGCACUUGACCCAUGGCUUCAUGACCGACAAGAAGAAGAUCUCAGCCACCUCCAUCUUCUUCGAGUCCAUGCCCUACAAGGUGGAUCCCAGCACCGGGUACAUCGACUACGACCGGCUGGAGGAGAACGCCCGCUUGUUCCACCCCAAGCUGAUCAUUGCAGGGGUGAGCUGCUAUUCGCGGAACCUGGACUACGCCCGCCUGCGGAGGAUUGCCACCGAGAACGGCGCCUACCUCCUGGCCGACAUGGCCCACAUCAGCGGGCUGGUGGCGGCUGGUGUGGUGCCCUCGCCUUUCGAGCACUGUGACGUGGUCUCCACCACCACCCACAAGACGCUGCGGGGCUGCCGGGCCGGCAUGAUUUUCUACCGCAAAGGGACACGCAGCGUGGACCCCAAGACGGGUAAGGAGACGCCCUACAACCUGGAGAGCCUCAUCAACCAGGCCGUCUUCCCCGGGCUGCAGGGGGGGCCACACAACCAUGCCAUUGCAGGAAUCGCUGUGGCACUCAAGCAAGCCAUGACCCCCGAGUUCAGAGCCUACCAACGGCAGGUGGUUGCCAACUGCAAGGCCUUGGCCGUAGCGCUGCUUGGCAUGGGCUACCACAUCGUCACUGGCGGCUCCGACAACCAUCUCAUCCUCGUGGACCUGCGCAGCAAAGGCACGGAUGGCGGCAGGGCCGAGCGGGUGCUGGAGAUCUGCUCCAUCGCCUGCAACAAGAACACCUGUCCGGGUGACAGGAGUGCCCUGCGACCAAGCGGGUUGAGGCUGGGCACCCCGGCGCUGACCUCCCGGGGCUUCCAGGAACAGGACUUCCAUAGGGUAGCCAUCUUCAUCCACAAGGGCAUUGAGCUGACGCUGAGGGUCCAAAGCGACAUGAGUCCCAAGGCGACGCUGAAGGAAUUCAAAGAGCACCUGGGCAAUGAGAAGUACCAGGGGCCGCUGCAGGCCCUCAAGGAGGAGGUGGAGACCUUUGCUGCGACAUUCCCCAUCCCAGGCCUGCCUGUGCUUUAAACCCUGGGCAGCCGCUGUGCCUGGGUCCCAGCACCGUAAGAGGGACCACUGGGAUCAGGCCACUGCCGCCAGGGCAGUGCCUCCCACCACCUGCUCUGCUGUAUCCCCCAUGCACCCACCCCCCACAGGACCUCACCACCUCCUCCUACAGCCUAAUGGUUAGCACUGUCAGCCCCUUGGAAGAUGAGCAUGUACCCACCUCCCCUGGCACUUUCAAGGGGCAGAACCCAGGGCACUGCCCCACACUCAAGGGCAUGACCCAGGGAGUGGGAGAACCCACACUCAGACCCCAGUUCCUCAGCUGUAGUGCCCACAGACCCUGCACCCCUUUGUAGUGGGUGGAAUCAGGGCCUGAGAUCUCCCUUCGUCCAACUUUUAUCCGGCCACCUUGGUGCUCCAGACUAGGACCACCUGGGCUCACAAAGGUGCCAAUGCAGGGGGUUUGGGAACAACCUACACUGAUACAGGCAUGGGGCUGGAUGCUGAGCCGCGGUUGUGCCCUAUAAAGCUCUUCUCCAUGCA